AUGGCUCCCUCUGUCACUAUUGACAAUAUCUCCGAUUUCAGUCCGAUAACUACAACCACCAAGACGACUUCAUUCAAUCUUCGCACAUUACUCCUUGCACCUCCUUCUAUUGCCAGUCAUGAAGAAAAGCUAAGAAAUGUUCUUGCUACUCAUGAUAGAAGUGUUACCGACUUGCAGAUGCUGGAUCGUCUCUCUGCAGGAUUAGUCACACUUCCAGAAUCAACCUACGAUUUAGUCCUCAUCCUCACUGAUGCCGAUGGUACACGAGCAGAAUCUACUGAACUUUUGACAAGAGAUGUAUUUGGAAAGAUUACACAGGCUUUGAAGACAGGUGCAAAGUUGCAGGCACAGGAUGGUACUUUUGGCCAGGAAAUUGAUGGUGCAGAAUAUCGAGAGGCUAUCUUGGCUGGUUUGGUAACAGAAGGAGGGGUUAUGCUCAAACCUGAUCAUAGUGCAAGUGUUGCAGUCCCUCUGCGACUUCGCAGAAAGGAUAAUAGCAAGACUACAGCUGUAUCUAAUGCUGGCCCUCCAGUUUCAACGGUUGAGGUACCGGUAUCUGGCAAGAGAAAGAGUGUGGACAUGACGGAGGAUGUACCGGAGAAGGAUGUGCCAAAGAAUGAUGUGCCAAAGGGAGUUGGCUUCAUUGAUUUUAGUGAUGACUUUGAUGCUGAGGAUGAUGACGAUGAAUUAAUUGACGAGGACACUCUUCUUACUGAGGAGGAUAUGAAAAAGCCUCUUGCUAUCCCUCCCGAGUGUGCUCCAAGAGCUGGAAAACGUCGUCGUGCAUGUAAAGAUUGCACAUGCGGUCUGGCCGAAAAGCUUGCCAAGGAAGAUGCAGAAAAACGAGCCACGGCCGAUAGCCAGCUCCAAGCUCUUAAGCUUGAUGCUGAUGAUUUGGCUGAAGUAGAUUUCACAGUCAAAGGGAAAGUUGGAUCUUGCGGGAACUGCAGCUUAGGUGAUGCAUUCCGUUGCGAUGGUUGUCCCUAUAUCGGUAUGCCUGCUUUCAAACCAGGUGAGGAAGUUCGACUUCUCAACAAUGAUGUUCAGUUGUAA